AACAUUUAUUUUAUCAUGCCUAUAUAGUACGUAUUACAUGAUAUCAUGGGUAUAAAUAUUAUUAUCGCAUAUUAGCUAUUUUUAGAAUAUGGAAUUUACGGUCAUGUCAAUGUGUUAUUAUGACUCUUAUCGCAAUUGCAAUGCAGCUCUGAACGUAACGCACCAACGCGACGUUUUUGUCUUUCUUACUCACUCUGAAGCAGUGUAUUCUGUGUAUUCUGUUGUGUAUUACUUUAUUUCUGCGUGUGACAAGUGUUUUUUUAUUUUUUACUCGAUAUUGCUACUUAUUUAUUGUUUUGUGAAGUUAAAUAAUAUGUUUAGCAUUUUUAAUUUAAAAACAAAUAAAACACUUAGUAAUCUUGAUUCCUUCAAUUCUAAACCAUCUGAGAUAUCUUCUAAAAAAAUUAUUGAGAAUAACGAAGAUAAUGAUAAUGAUCCAGCCGUUGUGUGUCAUAUUCAAAAUGAACAAGAUUGUUCUUCAGAAAAUACCUUGGAAACUAAUGACCUAGGGGACAUAAAUUCUGGCCCAGCAAGACCAAAAUUACAGGUUUAUCCAAAAACUCGUUUCGGCAAACAAAACAGAUCUUUUUCAUCUUCACUAUACAGUUCUUUUCAGUGGCUUGAAUACAGUUUGAAAAACGAUGCUGUAUUUUGCUAUCCCUGUAGAGUUUUUGGAACUGGACAUUUAGAAGACACUUUUGUAUCUACUGGAUUUAGAAAUUGGAAAAAGAUUAGUGGCUCAAGUGGAUUAAAUUCUAAAUCUAAAUUGGAAUUGCAUGCCAAAACUAUUCAACAUUUAACUAAUUCAACAAAAUGGGUUUCUUAUACAGAAAGUAUCAAAUCAGGAUCCGUGCACACAAUUAUGUCUAGUGCAAAUCGACAACAAUUAAUGAAAAAUAGAGCUUACAUAAAGCAUUUAAUAGAUAUAGUUUUGUAUUUGGGGCGCCAGGGUCUAGCAUUUCGAGGACAUGAUGAGGAAAAAACUUCACUAAAUCAAGGGAAUUUUAAAGAAGCUUGUGUAUUAUUAUCAAAAUGCAAUGAAGAUUUUGCUACUAUGUUUAAUGAAAAAACUAACUACACUAGUUGGUCAAUACAAAAUGACUUAUUAAAUAUAAGUGCUCAAAUGAUAAUAGAUACUAUCAUUAAAGAAAUUAAUGAAUGUGGGUUUUUUAGUGUCAUGUGUGAUGAAGCGAGAUGUUACAGGGAAGAACAAAUGACAAUUUGUGUACGUUAUACUAAAGAUCUUAUAGUGUAUGAAAGAUUUUUAAGGUUUAUUAAUGUAUCACAAAAGCAGGAUGCCAAUGCUUUAUCAACCGAGAUCAUAAAUUUCUUUAAUACAAAUAAAAUAAAUGUACCCGUUGUAGCCCAGGCAUAUGAUGGUGCCAGUGUAAUGGCUGGUAAAUUUAAUGGUGUGCAGAAAAAAAUCAAAACUGAAUAUCCGUAUGCUAUCUAUACCCAUUGUAUGGCCCAUCGAAUUAACUUAGUUGUACUAGACAUGUGUAAAUUAGUAAAAGAAACUCGUAUAGUUUUUAACUGUCUGGAAUCAUUAUAUGUUUACUUUUCCCAACCUUCCAAUAAUUUAAAGUUUAACAAAAUGCAAGAAGAACUGGGUAUCAAGAAAACAAUAUUGACCAGACUUAGUGACACCCGUUGGAAUUGUAGAGUUAAAAAUUGUACAGCUGUCAAAUCAAAUUUUAAAGCUAUUAUAAAAGUAUUGAAUAAUGAAAUUGAUAGUUGUGAUAACAAAGAUGUUUUACAAGCAAUAGGUAUUUUAUCUAUUAUCAAGAAACCUUCAUUUUUUAUACAUCUAAUAAUACUAGAAGAUGUAUUACAAAUUAUUAAUGUAUUAAAUACUAAGCUUCAAAAUAAAGGUGCAACGCUAGGAAGUGCUGUUAAUUUAAUUGAAGGAAUAAUAAAUACUUUUGAGUCAUUGCGAGCCGAAACUGAAUUUCAAAAAAUCUGGAAUAAGAUCAUAGAUUUUGCUGAGUAUAAUAAUCUAGAUCUUCUCUUUACUGGUCAUUGUGCAAAACGCCAAAAAAAGCAGCCAAAAAACUUAAAUGAUUUUCAUGUUUUUACAACCAUGGAUUCUGAGCUGCAGAAUGUGAAUGAACCUAAUCAGAUUACAGAUAUUUAUCGUAAAAGUUGCACCGAUUAUUAUCAAGUUAUAGAUUGUAUUAUUACUAACUUAAAAAAAAGAUUUUCACCUGAAAGUUUACAAAUGGCGUCAUCAAUCGAUAGUUUUCAUAAACUGAAUUAUGAUGACAGUAAAUAUUUCAUCGAACAUUAUGCAGGUCUAGUAAAUGUGGAUGUAGAUGCUCUUCGUUCUGAAAUGUUGGUUGCAAAAAACUGUCUUACACGUACCAAAUUUAAUUUUGAUUUAGAGGAAUUAAAAUUAGCUACAGAUUUAAAAAUAUAUCCAAAUUUAUAUACUUUUUUAUCUUUGUCUCUCAGUAUACCAAUUUCUUCCAGUACAUGUGAAAGGUCUUUUUCAGCUAUGAGGAAGAUAAAAAAUUGGUUACGCACGUCUAUGCAUCAAGAUAGAUUUUCUAAUGCUUCUGUUAUAUAUAUAGAAAAGGACAUUUCUCUAAAAAAUGAGGAUAUACUAAAUAAAUUUGCUAUGUCUAAUCGCCGUUUACAGUUAUAA